ACCUCGUUACGCCAUUUUUGUUGGGGAGCAGUCGUGUCCAGAAGAGAAGGAUUAGAUUCAAUACAGGUACACUAAACGGUACCUUCGUAUAUUUAUCUAGUUGAAUUGUGCGGCAAACGUGACACUUGACUGUCUGUCACACUCACACAAUGUCGUCAGAAAACCUGGACUCAGAUACUCAGGUGGACUACGAGGACGAAAAACAGGACUCCCAGGAGAAGAAUGCAAACCCAGUGAAAGCAGAGGAGGCCAAACUGAAGGCCAAGUACCCUGGCCUGGCCCAGAAGCCCGGCGGCUCAGACUUCCUAAUGAAGAGAUUACAGAAAGGGCAAAAGUACUUUGACUCGGGCGACUACAAUAUGGCCAAGGCCAAGAUGAAGAACAAGCAGCUUCCUGUGGCAGGGCCUGACAAGAACCUGGUGACUGGUGACCACAUUCCCACGCCGCAGGAUCUGCCCCAGAGGAAGUCCUCCUUGGUGACAAGCAAGCUAGCCGGCUAGCCUCCACCAUCCUAGAAGCACCCUCAUCCCCUCCUGGGGCUCCCGGCAAACGCCUCCUUCUCCUCUUCCUCCUCUUCCUCCUCACCCAUGUCCCCAAUAUGUCCACCCCCACUCCUCUCUUCCCUUGUCAUCCCCAGGCACCACUGGCUUUAACAUGUCGGGCAGAGUUGUAUAAGUUAAAACUCCAUUUGCUUGUAUGUGGGUGGGGCGGGGUGGGAGGGAUGGAGGUUCAGGCAGGCCUUGAGGUCGCAGCCUUCUCUGCCUUCUCACCACGCACAGCUCUGCCCCUCUGCGCACUCUGCUCUACCGCCUCCCUCAUGUCUUCUUGGUUUUCAGUGUUCCAAGAUGCAUCACAGUAGGUGUGUGUCAUCGGGCAGGGGUUGGAUGGGAUGAGUUAAUGCACUUUGUAGUCUGUAUAUUAUGCUUUGUUUUUUUUUUUUUGCAUCCUAAAUGACACCAAAAUAAUGUGUGUAAGGGAGUUAGGAACCAUGAUCACAGCGCAUUCUUUGAUUGUUAUGUUCCCAGUCUAUGCUGGCGGCGGGCCUCAGCCGGAGGGUUUGGUAGAUGUAUGUGAUUAAUCGCUUGCGUACCAAAUCUGCAAGGGGCUGCUGCUUAGCUUACGAGUUGUUUAGCAUUCACUGACACCAUAUUAGGAAAUGCAGGGAAGCGAAUGGAGGCUUCCUUUCAUCUCAUCCUGUGGUCACUUAUUGUCAGACGGAAACUCAAGGUCAUCUUCUGCAGCUCAGCCGAACAGGGAUUUGAAAGGCCACUUCCACUUUUUGCCCCCUCUGUGCUCAUGUUACUUUAAUUCUUGACUCCCUUUGCUCCUGUUCUCUCUAUGCUGCAUGAUUGUAACAAAAAAAAAAAAGAAAGAAAUUUACCGUGUUUUUAAAUGGGAGUGGGGCACUUGCUUAGUGAUAGGAACUUAUCAAAACAAACACACAAAGCCCUGAAACGUCCACAGUCACAUUUCCUUCCCUUCUUUCCUGUUUGCUGUCCUGACAAUCCAUAUACACAUGCUCCAGUUAGAGGCUCAGGACGAGAGCCAGCUGAGUGUAUCUUUGUAUUAUUUUUAAUGGCUGGGAACGCUCCCAGUCUCUGAGUUGAGUCUUAGUUGAGUUGCAUCAAGACGUGUGUUUACUAUGAGCCUAAAAGAUUUGCAGGGGGAUUGAAGAACCCUGCACAGAGUAUAUGCUUCUGUAAAUAAUACUCAAACAAGCACGUAAUUCGUGAUAAGCUUGGCGCUUUGAGGACCAGAGCGGCUAACAUGCCUGAGUGGAAUGGUAGUGCUAAAUCGACUCACUUGGGAUUACACCCUGGGAUUUCUGGCUUGCAAAUCUUGUGCUUUACCAACUGGGCCAAAUUUCACACUGCAGCUAACAGGCUCGAAGACCACGGGCACACUUGUCUUUCCAACGUGACUGUUACUAUCAUGUCGUGAUGUGAUGAGGCAGACUGCAGCCUAGGCUGGUUUGGCUCUCAUUGUAUUUGGAGAUCUGAGCACAAGAGUGAUUUGACCCCCAUCCAGACAUCUUACUUACAGCUGUCAACCUGGAAACACAGAUCCAGACGUGGCUGAAAGUUUCAGUGUCGCGCGCCAACACGUGUACUUUGACAGGACUGCUAUAUCCGAUCACAAAGGUCCCACUGAAAGGACAACCAGUAACCACAGGGGUAGUUUUUAUAGUUGUGUCCUGCAAUGGGACUUGUGCAGCAGAAGAAUCACUCUUACUCAGCUAAGAGAGAUUUCACAUUUUUUGAGAUCGUUUUCUCAACACUUUCAGAACAUAGAUAUACAGUCAGACAUAGUGGUUCCCUUGACAGCUUGCCGUCUUUGGCACUUCAUGUUGUGAAACACUAACUAUAGUAAAAGGAUCACCACUACUUUACUUCCCUAAAACCUUAGCUGGAGUGUAGACGUAGUUCUGCUAUCAGCGCCCAUAGAACAGUGGGUUUAUUCCCAAACUGACAUACUACACAGACUGAUCUUUGAUCUCAGGGGUGUCAGAGGGUAAACGGCAAGCAACCUGAUAACCACAGGUGUCAGCCCGGCUCCCGAGAUCAACAUCGCAGGCCCAAAGUGGGACACUGCGUGCCUGCGGGACACUUUCACUCUAACACUUGGCAAAGCAGAGAGGGAUUUUAUAACACAUGAUGAGGGGGGCAAAGUGUGAGUCUCUGCUCCUGGUCCCACCUGUUAAUGUGGUUUGACCUCUGAAAGAGAGGUGAAAAGUGCGAUCAACAAAUCUGCAGAUUUUGAGGUGCCGUCCACACUUUGAAGAAUCUGAACUGGAUGCCGGCGCUCACUAAGAAUCAGCCUCCUUGUAUAAUACUGCUUCAGGGAACCUUCACAGACGCACACUCCACCAUGUAGGCUAGGUGAUAGGGUGCAUGCACCAUAACAUUUUCAACCUCACUUGUUUUGCAUUACUGAGACUCUAAAAUGUGUCAAAUUUGCAGUGGGUGAAAGAGAUCUGACCUGUUCCUAUUUGCUUGUUAUGGAGUUGUAUGAAUGCACUGCUUUUCUCUGUUCCAGCCAAUGUAAAUAGACUUCAACAGGGAGGGAUUUUUCUGAUGUUUCUCACCUGUAUUUCACUCUGUCAUAGCUUGAGCUAUUUUGUGAUUCAAUGGUUCCUCUCUCCUUUCUGUUUAACACUACGUCUGCUCUAUCUUGGCGAACUGCAGAGGCUAUGUGAAUCUGUAUCAUAUGAAAAUAUGUGUAAAUGCUGCUGAUUCAGUCAAAGACAAAUCCAAGAGACGAUACCCUGUAAAGAACGCCUGCUCUCUUGAUUCUACCAAUAUGACUCUCUUCUCUCCAAGUAUCUGUUUAAGAGUCCUAUAGCUCCUGUGGCAAAGUCCAUUCAGUUGAGGCUGUGGUAAACCUCAAUGUAAAUUCUACAACUUAACUUAAAUGGUGCAAUGUUGAAUUUGAUCCAGCUUUUGGUCGUCCAGAGCUCGAAAAGAGAAGUCUGGAACACUUGUUGUCACUGUAAUUGACAUGUACUGAUCAUUUUGUCAUAUUAUAUUUAAAGGCCCACAGUUUCCUGCUUUGAGAAGUAAAGAUGGCUAAAAGAAAUGGGUGAUUAAGCCCCAGUGUUCUAUGAAAUAACAGUGGACAGAAGUUCUUGAAUGCAACUUGAUGUUUGGCUUUGCACAGAGCAGUUCAGCGAGAGGAAAUGGUAGGGGGUGUUUCAAACCCAACACACAGGGUGUCUCUCGUUCAGCUAUGAUAAACACGUGCCAGAAUGUAUAAAGAAAUGACAGGCUGUGUGCUCUGAAGUACUUUUUGUGCUGCUUUUACCUUAUCCGUUUCUUUGUUGUUUUGCAAGUAAAUGUUUCUCUCUUCUUUUGUUUGUUUCUUUUUUUUUUCUUGUGUUCUCUUAUUGCAUAAUUAGUAAAUUUCAUCCUGGCCCAAGUUAACUGCAGGGAAAUCAGAGGCACCCUUACUUCCAGGAAAAAAAAAAAUAAAUAAAUAAGGGUUUACAUGAUAAAGAGGAUGACUGGAGAACACGGGAAUGAUUUUAAGAAAGUACAGGAGUACUUGGAAUGUUUCAGUUGUAUGGGAGUAGGUGAAAGGAUUUUUGUCAGUAUUUGAAAUAAACUUUUACAUUAAUAAGA